CUUCAACCCAACUGGCCUCAGAUAUUCAGAGGUGAGAAAAUGACUCUGAGAUGUGAGAUCCAGGGAGGUGGAGACACUGGGUGGACAUAUGAAUGGAGUACACCCAACGGAUACACACGUCCAGCAGGAAAAUAUUAUAUUAUUAGCAGUGCUACUGGGUACCACAGUGGAGAAUACAGAUGUAUGGGUAGAAGAGACUCCUAUUCCUCAACACAGUGGAGUGAUGUCAUCACACUGGAAGUCUUGUCAUACACACCAUCAGCCAGACUGAGUGCUGACAAGAGAGAUAUUCCAGCAGGGGGCAGUGUGACGCUGACCUGCUCUAUGAGCCCAUCAUCAUCAUCUGGUUGGACAUACUUCUGGUACAGAGGAGAGAAAACCUCUGAACUCCUGACCGCACAAGAUUAUAUCUUCCUCUCAGAUGGACAUAUCCGUGUCUCACAGGGAGGACUCUACUGGUGCAGAGGAGGAAGAGGGGACCCUGUUUACUACACAGAGUACAGUGAUUCAAUCGUUAUCAACAAAAUACUUUCCAACAAAGCCACUGUGACCCUUCAACCCAACUGGCCUCAGAUAUUCAGAGGUGAGAAGAUGACUCUGAGAUGUGAGAUCCAGGGAGGUGGAGACACUGGGAGGGCAUAUAAAUGGAGCACACCCAGCGGAUACACAAUUCCAACAGGAAAAGAUUAUAUUAUCAGCAGUGCUGCUGAGUACCACAGUGGAAAAUACAGCUGUAUGGGUAGAAGAGACUCCUAUUCCUCAACACAGUGGAGUGAUGUCAUCACAUUGACAGUCUUGUCAGACAGACCAUCAGCUGAAGUGAUGGCUUACAACAGAGACAUUCCUGUAGGGGGCAGUGUGACCCUGACCUGCUCUGUGAACCCAUCAUCAUCAUCAUCAUCAUCGUCUGGUUGGACAUACUUCUGGUACAGAGGAGAGAAAUCCUCUGAACCUCUGACCACACAAGAUGAUGUCUUCCUCUCAGAUGGACAAAUCAGUGUCUCACAGGGAGGACUCUACUGGUGCAGAGGAGGAAGAGGGGACCCUGUUUACUACACAGAGAACAGUGAUUCAAUCCCAAUCAACAAAAUACUCACAAACAGAGCUGUUGUGACUCUGCAUCCCAACUGGCCUGAGAUAUACUCUGGAGAGAUGAUCACACUGACAUGUGAAAUUGAGAACAGAGGAGACAAUGACUGGGAGUAUGAGUGGAUACCCAGCUCAAAUACACUUCAGAAACAAAGUAAACACAUGACUGGAUCUGCUUCCUUAUCACACAGUAGAGACUACUGGUGUAAGGGCAAAAUGAAAGGUGAAAUGUCUUCAACAAGGUGGAGUGAUGUUUUCACAUUGAGUGUAUCUUCCAAACCUCAGCCUGUCCUCACUGUGUCUCCAUUAUGGCUGAGUCCUGGAGCCUCAGUAACUCUGAACUGCAGUGUUGAACAUCCAUCUGCAGGAUGGAGGUUCUUCUGGUAUAAGGCUGUUCCCAAACUGUCAGACAGCUCCUACAGCUAUGAGCUGAUACCUGGCAGCAUCAAUGGGACUGAACAGGAUUCCUACAUUGUUGAUGGAGAGACACACACAGCAGGAUAUGUGUGCAGAGCUGGAAGAAGAGAUCCAGUGUAUUAUACUUAUUACAGUGAACCUAAGUUUGUCUGGUCUGGAGAUGUUCAUUCAUCUGCGUCUCUCACAGUGAGUCCAGACAGAGUUCAACACUUCACCACUGACUCUGUCUCACUGAACUGUGAAGGAAACUCUACUGAGUGGAGAGUGAAGAAGUUAACUGAAUCUGGCAACAUAUUAUUCUGCCAAAACUGGGGGACAAUGACUGGAUCCACAUGCAGCAUAAAGCGUUACCAGCCCAGUAAUGCAGUGUACUGGUGUGAGUCUGGAUCAGGAGAGUUCAGCAACGCAGUCAACAUCACUAUAUCAACUAAAUAUAUUAUCCUGGUGAGCCCUGUCCGUCCUGUGACCGAGGGAGAUUCUGUUAGUCUUAGCUGCAGAAUAAGAAGCCAAACAUUUGCUUCCAAGGUGUUUUUCUAUCAAAAUGACAAACUCAUUCAAAAUGACACCAGAAGGGAGCUAAAUAUCUCUGCAGUGUCAAAGUCAGAUGAAGGCUUUUAUAAGUGUGAAUACUCACAAAAAGUGUCAGCACAGAGUUGGAUGUCAGUUAAAGGAGUCUCCAGGCCUGAAAGCUCUUCAUCUCCUGUACUGAUGAUUAUUGGGCUGGUUUUUGGAAUUGUACUUGUUAUUCUUCUGCUCCUUUUGUAUUGCUACAGACGGUCUAAAGAUUCAUGCUUUAUCAGGCCAGUCCAGUCUGAGAGCACCAAUCGGGGCUCUGCUCCAAGUCACAUGGUCAACCAGAAUGAGGCUCAACAGAAUGAAGAUCCCUCUCCUCUCUGUGGUGACGCUCGUCUCUAUGAAUCAAUUAAAGGCUCUGAAGCUCCUCUCUAUGAAUCAGUUAAAGGCUCUGAAGCUCGUCUCUAUGAAUCAAUUCAAGGCUCUGAAGCUCGUCUCUAUGAAUCAGUUAAAGGCUCUGAAGCUCGUCUCUAUGAAUCAAUUCAAGGCUCUGAAGCUCCUCUCUAUGAAUCAAUUCAAGGCUCUGAAGCUCUUCUCUAUGAAUCAAUUCAAGGCUCUGAAGCUCGUCUCUAUGAAUCAAUUAAAGGCUCUGAAGACGCUGAUAAUGAUACAGCUGAAUCCCAGGAUGCCACCUAUUCAUUGAUUGAACUUAAAAACUUUGGAAGGAAGGGGAAACGCCAUGAACCAGAGGAGAGUUGUCUUUACUCUGAUGUGAAUAUAGGAACUCCAGGAAAAUCAACUGCAUCAGCAACUGAUGGAACUUCUCUCUGAAGUUAAACCAGGAACAGCUCUUGUUAUUCAAUUCAAAAUGUAUUUGUCACAUGGGAUUGAACAACACACCAGUCCUUGUCCUCCUUUUCUUCUCCUCCGCUCUGUCAGACUUUGCAUAUAGAGACAGAGUCACCUGGUGAAAUGGCACUGGCCAAGUUACAGUGAACAUCCUGAUAUCCUGUUGAAAACUGAUGCGGCACAGAGGUCGUCCAGUUUAUUUCCAACAUCUGUACAAUGGCUAGCAGGAUGCUAGUUCAGCUGGUGCUCAUUCUUCUCCAUCUUUUCCUCGAUGUUUACUGAUGUUUACAUUUGAGAACCUUGACCUGGCUAGCUAGCAGCUAGCAGCUAGGUAGCAGAGGAGAGUUUACAGAAUGCUGAAUCGAUGAUCAUCCUGAUGAGAGACUCGCAGCCACACGCCAUCAUCGUCCAAAGUUAACCACAAAAAGCACCACCAACACGCUGACAGAGAGGCGACUGGAAGCGUCUGUGCUUAACUUGUGGAUUUAAUUAGUCCGAGCACGAGCACAAGACUAUUGAUGCUUAUUCUCAUUUAAUAUUAAUGCACUGCAUUAUCUUUAUUUUGUACAGUCAUUUUGUCAUUUAUUUUUUGUAGGUAACUUUGAAUCCAAGUUAUUCCAAAGAGCAGCAUAAGUAUAUUUGAGCUUUAGUUACCAGCUGCUGGCAGUGAUGGCCAAAUGAGGCCUCAUGAAGCACUGUUUUUAUUUUCUGAAGCCACCAGAUGGCGAUGUCUGUUCAACAAAAGCUUGAAAGCACACUUCACUGUAAGUCCAUCAGCCUUUAUCUUUAAACCAAGAGUGCCAUCUGGUGGGGAGAGAAAGUAAAGAAAAUGGUUCAUGAGGCUUCAUUUGGCCAUCACUAGCUGCUGGUGCAGCUUUAAAGUCAGCAUCUUUUAUAGCGUUAGAUAAGAUAGAUCCAGGAUGGACAUUACAAACUACUUUAAUAUACAGUAUGUAAUAAUCUGCUAUCAGACAACAUAUCCUAUUACAUGUACAUGUUUUCCUCUGUCUUAAAAAUAUAUUUAUAACUACUGUGCAUAUUUUAUUUUCACCUGAUUGAAUUUGAUAUUUUUAGUUUUUAAUUAUUUUUGUAUUCUAUGCUUCAAUAAAGUUUAUUUUUUCAGGAGUAAGCUGCUAGUUGUAUUUUUAGUUUUUUUUUCAAAUUUUCUUCAAUUCUUUUUUACUGGACAUCUGAACUGGAUAAACACAUCCCACAGUAGCCUCCUGACACUAUCUUGGCAAAAGCCUUAAAGUGGACUUGGUAUUGAUUUUCAGGAACUAUUUCUUUGGUUAAAAUAAGUUCCAAACUGUUCACGUUUUUCAAAUUCAGUUCAUCUGUAUUGUAUUGAGAUGAAGGCAGAUA